AUGCGUGUGUUCGGGCGCACCCUUGCCGAAGGCCACAUGAUAAGCAUCGGGCCCACGGGACACCGGGAGAGGUGGCGCAUGCAGAUGAAGAACCCCAUGAGGGCGCAGGACCAGGACCCCGAGGUGUGGCACCUGAGUUUCAGGAUGUUCAGCGCCCCAGAGAAUGCGGACCCUGUGCAGGUGUUGCGGAUGCUGUCGGAGCUGUGCCACCGCUGGCUGAGGCCCGACCUGCACAGCAAGGAAGAGAUGCUGGACCAGCUGGUGAUCGAGCAGUUCCUCAUCUGCAUGCCCGAGCACCUGCAGGCGCUGGUGAAGGAGAGCGGGGUGCGCCGCUGCAAAGACCUGGAGGAGAUACUGAGGCACCACCAGGAGCCCGCCAAGUGGGUUGUCAUGGACGUGGGGGGACGGCCAUACCUCGUGCCGCUGGCCCAACUUCAGAAGGCCAGAGCUGCCAGGGAUGAGAUGAACAUCGCCAUGGACCUGACCUCCAGUCGGGGGCCGCAGAACCCCACAUCCCACAGCCAGGAGCCGGAAGAGGCUGUGGCGGGGACCAGUGGCCUGGGGGCCCAGGGACCCCCACAGAGCAAGGACGUGGCGGUGGAGACAGAGCGCAUGGCAGUGGAUGUGCACCCGGAUGUGAAGCGCGAGGAUCCCUGGGAAGACAGGGACAGGGCACCGUGUCCGUUCCCCCAGCCUCUGCGACUGCAAGGGCCCGGCGCCGUGAAGGUGAUGGAGGGGAGAAGCAGGGGACCCCAGGCAGAAACUUCAAAGCAGAGUGUGCCAGCCAGCACCCCUGACACUCCCAGCCAAGAGAGAAAAGAUUUGGCUGACACUAGCAGAGCCAGGAGGAGACCCGGUCCAUCAUCCAGUUCCCAGGAAGAGCCCCAGGGCUGCGCCACUGACCCUCCAAGCCUCAGGGGCCCCAUGGGUAGGCCUGGGGGCCGCCCAGAAGCCCUGGCUGGCCGUCCAUACCAGUGCAGGAAGUGCCAGAAGAGUUUCCAGUACAAGUCCCAGUUUGUGAUCCACCAGCGCACGCACACAGGUGAGCGCCCUUACAAGUGCAAAAUGUGUCGCAAGGGCUUCAUGCAGCCCUCCGACCUCCGCGUGCACCAGCGUAUCCACACGGGCGAGAAGCCCUACCAGUGCUCCGUCUGCGACAAGCGCUUCACCCACGAGUCCACGCUGCUGGGCCACAUGCGUAUCCACACCAAGGAGACACCAUUCCACUGCCAGGACUGUGGCAUGGCCUUCAGCCACCGGGGCAACCUCAAUGUUCACCGGCGCAUCCACACUGGCGAAAAGCCCUACACCUGCCGGCAGUGUGGCUACAGGUUCCGCCAGCUUGGGACCUGCCGGCGCCAUGAGCAGCGGCACCGGAAGGAGGCAGCUAGAGCUCCUUGCCAGCCUCGGGCCUCCUUCGUGGGGAAAGCUGGGAAUGAAGGGCCUGGUUCCUCACAGUGA